UCCUUAUGAACUGUUUUGCAAAAAACGUCCUUCAUUUUGUUAAGUAAGUUAUUUUAUUUGAAACCGAGUAAUUAGAAGCCGAAAUUUAAAAUGUCGUUUGGUGAUACAAUGGGAUACCUGAUUUUUGGCAAUCCAAUAAGCCAAGGGCUAAUAGGCGUUGUAAGCGGAAUUGCCAAGAGUACUGGUAUAACACCGAAGAACACGAAUGUAAAUAAUGCUGUCGUGCCUGUUCUACCACCGCCAAAAGUAAAUCUUCAAGAUUUGAUUGGUGGAAAUUAUAAUUUUGUGCGUCUAGCCGGCAUCAGUGGCGGUGCAGCUGUAAUAAUGGGUGCAUAUGGAAAAGCGAUUAUAGAUCGCAUGGAGGAUCCAAUGGACCAAAAAGAAGCUAGAACUCUUUUAAAAACAGCAAAUCGUUUUCAUUUUUUCCACACAUUAGCUUUAAUGACAAUGCCGUUAGCAAGAAAGCCAUAUUUGACCGGCACUUUGAUGGCAGUUGGCACAUUUCUAUUUGCUGGUCCAAUGUAUUAUCGUGCCCUCACUGGUGAUAAAGCAUACGUGACUGCCUCCACAGUUGGAGGAUUUUGUUUAAUCGCAUCAUGGUUAUCGUUAAUAUUUUAAUUUUUUACUUUAUAACUAUUUAAGCUAAAAAAUGAAUAUGCUUUAUAAAUAGUUUUAGUUAAAA